AUGGGUGAAACAGUUUCAGGUGGAAUAGAAUUGUGGGAUGGAUUGCUCAGUAUGUGGACGCCACUCGUAGAAUGCAGCAUAUUCAGUCUGGAACACACUGAUCCAAAUGAAGAGGCAAGGAAGCCACCAGUGAGUUUGGAUGCAAUGGAUCAUUUGAUGAAAGUGAAGGAGCAAUAUGGGGUGGAUGUAGGAAUGGGAAGAGUAGGAGAAAAGGGUGAUAAGAGGGAUAAGGGUGAUAAACCAGAAAGAGAGAAUACGCCUAGAUUAUCACAGGAACAGAAGGGUGAUAGAAAUAUGACAGAAAAAGGUGACAGUAAGAGAUAUACGCCACAGAAUCCAGUAACUACCCCUACUACCCCAACAACUACUACUACCACCACUCCAUUGAUCAAUAGUAGAUCACCAGGAGUAGAAUACUUCUAUAUCACAUCACCAGAUCAGAAAUACGGGAUAUCAGUCCAUGAAGAUGGAACUGCCAUUCUAAGGAAACCAGAGGAAUCAACCAAUUUCAAGUACGAGAAUAUGCAACUGCAUUUGGGAAGUAGAGAUCACAUGAUACUGGAAUACAGUGAGAGAGAAAAGAGACUGGUUAUAGGAAAUAAAGGAAAUAAAAAUCAAAAUGGGACAAUAUUGAUCAAAUUGAUCAAUGAUGGUGUGAAUGAGAUAAGGGUGAAUGGCAGCUGUGUGACAAGGGUGGAUGAGACCAUUCAGCUGAGACCGUGUAAAUUGACUGAACUGUCCCAGCAGUGGAUGAAGACGUACAGUUUAAUCAGAAUGAGACUGCUGAAUUCAGGUGGAACCAGAAGUGUGGCAUUUGGUGAAUUGAAUAAGCCAAUUGGAAUUGUUCAGGUGGAAGAUGGGAUGGAUUUGUACUACGAUCCACAAUCCAUGCAACUGGGUCUCUUUGACAGCCAGGGAGUGGUGGCAAAGAGCAACAACUUCAGCAGGGACAUUCUGACUGGUAGCAUCGACAGAAAGGGCGGUGGCCACUUUGUGAUGGAUGAGAUUGAGAGAGGCAGAUUCAGAAUCAAGCAGGAUGAGAAGUGUGUGGAGUGGGACUACGAUGGUGGCAAAUUGGUACUGGAAGUCUGUGAUAGGAAGGAAUCACAGGUGUUUGUGAAACAGGAAGCAGUAAAAGAGCAAUAG